AGGAGUAUAUAGAGGAACACAGAGGUCUGUACAAGGACGUGAUGAUGGAGAAUUACCGGCCCCUCACAUCACUGGAUGGGCCCAGUAACAGAGAUACCCCAGAGAGAUGUCCCCAUCCUCUGUAUUCCCAGGAUUGUACAGAGGAUAAUCACAGGAUCCCACAGGAGGAUCAGGUAGAACAUCUGUCUGAUAUUAAAACAGAAGAUACAGAGGGAGAAGAAGAGACAUAUGUGACUGAUAUAAAGGCAGAAGAUAUAGAGGGAGAAGAAGAGACGUAUGUGACUGAUAUAAAGGCAGAAGAUAUAGAGGGAGAAGAAGAGACAUAUGUGACUGAUAUAAAGGCAGAAGAUAUAGAGGGAGAAGAAGAGACGUAUGUGACUGAUAUGAAGGCAGAAGAUAUAGAGGGAGAAGAAGAGACGUAUGUGACUGAUAUGAAGGCAGAAGAUAUAGAGGGAGAAGAAGAGACGUAUGUGACUGAUAUAAAGGCAGAAGAUAUAGAAGGAGAAGAAGAGACGUAUGUGACUGAUAUGAAGGCAGAAGAUAUAGAGGGAGAAGAAGAGACGUAUGUGAAUGAUAUAAAGGCAGAAGAUAUAGAGGGAGAAGAAGAGACGUAUGUGACUGAUAUAAAGGCAGAAGAUAUAGAGGGAGAAGAAGAGACGUAUGUGACUGAUAUAAAGGCAGAAGAUAUAGAGGGAGAAGAAGAGAGGUAUGUGACUGAUAUAAAGGCAGAAGUUAUAGAGGGAGAAGAAGAGACGUAUGUGAGGGGUGAUCAGCAGUGUAAGGAGGAGGAGAUCCCUACAGAUAUCAGCACAGCAGAUGGACACACAAGCAGGAAUAUCUCAGAAGGACAUCUAAUGUUAUCCCCGGAUUUUGACAUAAAAGAUAAUGAUAGUAGACAGGAUUCUCCAGGAGAUAACCCCAUUAACCCACAUCCAGCUCUAUCAGCUGAUCCCUCUGAUCCUGGGAAAUGUUCUCCUGAUCACUCUGAUAUUUUUGCAUCUGUUACAGCUCUGACAGUAGAUAUAGAGUUUCCCUGUUCUAUAGAUGCCAAAUGUUUUACACAGCACACAAAGUUUAUUACCUAUCAGCCUGCUAAGACAGGUGAGAAGCCAUUUCCAUGUUCUGAGUGUGGGAAAUGUUUUACACUGAAAUCAAAUCUUGUUACGCAUCAGAGAACUCACACAGGUGAGAAGCCAUUUUCCUGUUCUGAAUGUGGUAAAUGUUUUACACAGAGCUCAAAUAUGAUUAAACAUCAGAGAACUCAUACAGGCGAGAAGCCAUUUUCCUGUUCUGAGUGUGGGAAAUGUUUUUUAAGUAAAUCGAAUCUUAUUACACAUCAGGGUACUCACACAGGUGAGAAUCCAUUUCCAUGUUCUGAGUGUGGGAAAUGUUUUUUAAGUAAAGCACAUCUAGUUUCACAUCAGAGAACUCACACAGGUGAGAAGCCAUUUUCCUGUUCUGAGUGUGGGAAAUGUUUUUUAAGAAAAUCAAAUCUUAUUACACAUCUGAGAAGUCACACAGGUGAGAAGCCAUUUUCCUGUUCUGAGUGUGGAAAAUGUUUUUUAAGAAAAUCGGAUCUUAUUACACAUCAGAGAAGUCACACAGGUGAGAAGCCAUUUUCCUGUUCUGAAUGUGGGAAAUGUUUUUUAAGUAAAUCAAAUCUUAUUGCACAUCAGAGAAGUCACACAGGUGAGAAUCCAUUUCCAUGUUCUGAGUGUGGGAAAUCUUUUUUAUGUAAAGCACAUCUAGUUUCACAUCAGAGAAGUCACACAGGUGAGAAGCCAUUUUCCUGUUCUGAGUGUGGGAAAUGUUUUAUAAGUAAAUCAAAUCUUAUUACACAUCAGAGAAGUCACACAGGUGAGAAGCCAUUUCCAUGUUCUGAGUGUGGGAAAUGUUUUUUAAGAAAAGCACAUCUAGUUUCACAUCAGAGAACACACACAGGUGAGAAGCCAUUUUCCUGUUCUGAGUGUGGGAAAUGUUUUAUAAGUAAAUCAAAUCUUAUUACACAUCAGAGAAGUCACACAGGUGAGAAACCAUUUCCAUGUUCUGAGUGUGGGAAAGGUUUUUUAAUUAAAGCACAUCUUGUUAGACAUCAGAGAACUCACACAGUUGGGAAGCCGUCCCAUUCCCUGAGUGUGGGAAAUAAAUCAGCUCUUGUUGAACACAGACAUUAUCCAAGUGAGGAACCAUUUUAAUAUUCUGGAGUAUAAUCAUCAUUGCCAUGCAUUGUUCCUCAAGGUUCUGUCCUAUCUCCGAUACUUCUUGCAAUCUACCACUGGGUGAAAUAAUCAGACGUCAUGACCUGGCCUACCACUGCUAUGCAGAUGACUUAUCUUCUGCUCCAUGUACUGAGCACCCAACACCAAUCCUAAAUGGGAUGGUGAUGAUAUCCCGUUGGACAGAAUGCUGGCUGUCAAUAUACCACCAGCGGCAUCCCGGCCACCAGAAUACCGGCAGUGGGGUGAGUGCAUAGAGUUCCCUUGCGGGCUCCCUGCGCUCGCUAUGCUGCAGGUGCGGUGGUUCGUUGCACUGACCACAGGUAUUAUUCCCACUCUAUGGGUGUCAUAGACAUCCACAAGUGAGAAUAGCUGUGGCGAGUGCUGUCGGCAUUCCCGGAUGUCGGGAUUUCAGCGUCGGGAUCCUGAACGCCGGGAUAUUAACUACAUCCCAUCCUAAAUGGUUGUCUAGCAGAGCUCCAGGGGUGGAUGAUGCCAGUUGGCUGUGACUCAGUCUUAGUGAUACGUAAUAGAAGCUCACCAACAAAGGACAAGACUACAGCUUUACCAAGCAUCAUGACUUAUGCUUUGGGGUUCAGAGUUACAAAAUGCUGACUGCGGAAUCUUUGUGUUGUCCCGGAUUGUGGCCGACACAGACAUCAGGUAUCCGCCACAUUCAAAUCCUUGUUCUUCCAUCUGUGGACCAUAGCCAGACUCCAGCACUUGAUUCCCUCAGAAGAUCUGCCUACAGUCAUACAUGUAUUUGUAUACUCUCACAUAGACUACUGCAAUGUCCUCUACCUGGGUCACCCAGCAAAUGAAUUGCACCACUUGCAGAUGGUACAGAAUGCAGCAGCCAGUCUGUUACCUAACCAGCCCCUUCCUGCCACAUAACACCCAUUCUCUACUCCCUCCACCGUCUGCCUGUAAGAUGGGAAAUCUAUUUCAUAACCGGCUUACUGACCUUCCCAGCCCAACAUUACAUGGUCCAAGGUAUCAGAAGCAGCUUCUGCCUCCUUACUGCCUCACUUGUUUAUUUCUGCAGGUAAAAGGACUGUUACCAGUAGUACCAGGAAACUCCCAUAAUGCAUUUGGGGGUCAAACUUUUAGCUUUGGAGCCCUGGCCAUGGAACUUGCUGCCUCGCACAGUCCAUGAGGCCUCCACCCUAGAGCCCUUCACAAGCAGGCUGAUGACUGACCUGUUACUCAUUUCAUUAAUGUACCUCUAGUUCUUACAUAUAUCCCACAUGCUUAGUUCUUUGUUCUGUUGUUUAUUUUGUAUCUUGUGCUUUGUGUAAAUGUUUAAUUCCAGUUUGCAGUAUCUAUAUUGCUGCACGACAAUAUGGUGGCCAUAGGAACGUGUUUCCACUUCUAGUUUCCCAUUCUUAUGUCAUCUGAUCAUCUUAAUCAGGAGUGUUGUGGGAUACAAGAUCCUAUCCAUAUAUACAUUACCAUGUGCAUUAGAGUCACCCGGGUUCCAUCUGCGGUGGUUUGUUGUAUGUUACAUCUAUAUGGUGCGGAUACUCCUCUGUAUGAUUCCAUAAUAAAAGCUUUU